AAAACAUUCUUCCAAGAAGAGCAUAUGGAAAGAAAUGAGAAAACCAGUGUAAAAGAUGUCCAAGGCUUAUUGAGUGGUUUAGUACCUUUCUGGACUCCAAGUGAGUCACGUAUAAAGGAGUCCCAGUUGUAUCGUUUUGUCCAAUGGAUCGACAGGAAAUAUGGCUUGAGACUAGGAAAGACUAUUUCCGAUACUUUUCAAGGAACGGAGGAGAGAGGAGGAUGGAAACAAGAACAGUAUGAAAAAUGGGAAGCUAUCUAUGAAGAACUUCACCAAUGGUCUAUCGAGCACUUGGACGACUUUUGGUCAGCGGUUUGGGACUUUAUGGACGUGAAAGCUUCAAAGAGAAUGGAGCACAUUAGGCUACCAAGGGAAAACAGUGCUAUGCCAAGAGUUCGUUGGUUUGUGGGCGCAAAAUGCAACCUUGCUGAAAACUUACUUCGAUUCCGUGGUUCAGAAACUGCCCUGAUAUUUCGUUCAGAAGAUCCCAACUAUCCAAGAGUAGAAUGGACUUUCUCACAACUAUAUGAUAAAGUAUUCUACUUUUGGAAAGGACUUUUAUCCAAUGGCAUAACCAAAGGAGAUAUGAUUGUUGGUUAUGUUCCAAAUAUGCUAGAAACAGCAGUAGCUGCCUUGGGAACCAUCGCAAUGGGAGCUACUUGGGCUUCCUGUAGUCCGGAUUUUGGAGUACAAGCUGUGGUGGAACGCUUCGGUCAAAUAAAACCCAAAGUACUUGUAGCAUCUGAUGGUUACUUUUUCAAAGGAAAGGUUUUCAACUCGAUUGAGAAACUCAAGGAAAUUGUGAAAGAAUUGAAAACAUUGAAGUUGCUUAUAAUCAUUCCUUAUAUUCAUAGAGAGAAUGAAGCAUCAUGGAAGAGUGCAAAUUGGGGAAUUCCUUGUCAUUCAUUUGACGAGUUUGGUAAAUUAGAAUCAUCAGAUAGUGAAAAAGUUAUCCAUUUUGAACAAGUAAGCUUCGAUCACCCUUGUUAUAUUAUGUUUUCUUCUGGAACUACGGGACUUCCCAAGUGUUUGGUACAAGGAACGGGAGUGUUGCUCAAUCAAAUGAAGGAACAUCAACUACACUGUGAUUUCAAACCCAAACAGAGACUUCUUUAUUUUACAACUUGUGGAUGGAUGAUGUGGAAUUGGCAGUUGGCUGCUUUGGCAUCCAAUAUCUGUUUGGUUAUUUAUGAUGGAAGUCCGUUACCUCCACAAGAGCCAUAUUUACUCUUCCGUAUAUUAGAUGAAGAACAGGUGACUUAUUUUGGAACAUCAGCAAGAUUUUUACAAGCUGUUGAAGAAGCGGGAGUAAACCCAUUUAGAGAUACUAUGAAAAGAAGAUUGAAAAAGAUGGAUUCGAUGAUACAAUCCAAUACCCAACUCACAAGUCAUCAAAAGGCCAAAUGGAGACAUUUCUUGGAAUCUUGUAGUCCACAUACUUUUCAAGUGGGUAGUUUUCCGAGGGAGUUGGAGGAUUUAUUGGAACAGGAUGAAUUGUUGUGGUUGGAAUAUCAACGGACCACUUAUUGGCCAAGUGAAUGUAUUCCAUUUUAUUAUUUAGAUGCUAUUCUUGUUACUGGUUCACCCUCAUCACCUUUGAACUUUGCUUAUGUUUACAAUCAGAUCUCUCCUAGAGCACGUUAUUUAUCUAUAAGUGGUGGAACUGAAAUCAAUGGUUGUUUUGGAAAUGGUUGCAUUUUAAAGAGAAUAUUUGCACCCGAGUUACAAUGUAGAGGUUUAGGGAUGGAUAUUCGAAUAUUCAAUGAUCAGGGACAAAGUGUCAUAGGACAGGAAGGAGAGUUGGUAUGCUGUACCCCGGUUCCUUCCAUGCCACUCUAUCUUUGGAAUGACAACGAGUUUAAAAAGUAUACAGAGACCUAUUUUGAUAAGUAUCCUGGCAUUUGGAGACAUGGAGACUUUGCUACUAUGACGGAACGAUAUUCACUGAAUAUUAAGGGGCGCUCAGAUGCCACUAUGAACCCUGGAGGUGUUCGGAUUGGCAGUGCCGAAAUAUAUCAUGUGGUUUCUUCCUUUGCUGAAUUGGAAGAUUGUGUGGUUGUUGGACAGCAUUGGCACGGAGAUGAAAGGAUUAUCAUGUUUGUUAAACUGAAGGAGAACACAAUUCUUUCGGAAGACUUGAUUCAAAGGAUUCGUCAAGCUUUGAGAGAGAAAUUAUCGCCUCGUCAUGUCCCUGCAAAAGUGUUGAGUGUUCCUGAGAUUCCGUACACCGUUAAUAAUAAAAAAGUUGAAAUUGCUGUGAAACGGGUAAUUGAAGGUUUAGAUGUCCCCAACAAAGGUGCCAUUCAAAAUCCCGAAUGCUUAGAAUACUAUAGAGAGCUUGCAAAGAGAGAAUUACAAUAGUUCAAAUGGUCAAAAGAUUAUUGAAAAAUAAAAGAUCAAGUCAUUCU